AUGGAUUCUGACUCUGGCUCCGUCUGCAGCCGCUCCUCGUCCCCAGACCUUGUGGUGGACGACUGUGCCGGGAGCUUCUUCUCCAACAAGAUGUUCCAGACGUACUGCCAAGAGAACAGAGCAGACGACGAAGCCGACGGCCAGGGCAGGACGGAGCGCUGCAGCGGGGGCGGUAAGGCCAAGACCAGGUCUGAGCCCAAAGAGAUCGAGGGGCAAGACCUGAGGCUGAAAGUCAACAGCCGGGAGAGGAAGAGGAUGCACGAUCUGAACCAGGCGAUGGACAGCCUGAGAGAGGUCAUGCCAUACGCUCACGGGCCUUCUGUCCGCAAGCUGUCGAAGAUCUCCACCUUAAUGUUGGCUCGCAACUACAUCCUCAUGCUGUCCGGCUCCUUGGAUGAGAUGAAGAAGUUGGUGGGGGAUGUUUACGGAGGCGCCGCCGCCGCCGCCCAGAGCCGCACCGUCGCCCACCACGCCAUCACCCCCUCUGCCCACCACCCUCUGCAUCCUCUGGCUCAGUCCCUGCACGCUCUAGUAGCGCCCUCAGCUCUCCAGCAUCACUCUUCACCUUCUCCCGCCACAACCCUGCACUCCCCUCCAUCCGCCAGCUUCCUGGGUUUCCACGCUCCAGUCCAGGGCCUCCUGAAGGACCCCCUCCACCUGGCCGGCUGCUACAGGCACUUCCCCGGCAUGCCCUGCCCAUGCUCGCUCUGCCAGCCUUUGCCCACCACUACCUCCACAUUACACAGCCUGUCUAUGACCAAGUGAGCAGGACUCUCUUACAAAAACUGACUUCUA